UAACGUUAUAUAUUUACAUUAUUUUGUCGACUGGAGUUGUUGUAAUCUAAGUUAAUUUCACCGGUAUACAUACGGACAGGAGUCGAAGGCGAAAAGGAAACCGCCGCUCUUUAACAAUGGAAUCAAUGGAUGUGGAACAGAAGCAAAGCUCCCCGGGCUUAAUUGAAAAAGCCACGGCAAAUACCAACCAAGAAAAUGUAAUUAAAAACAAUACGAGCUUUAUUAAAUCCAGCGACGGUUACACAAACAACUUCGCAGCAAAUGUGCAGAAUUCCUCUAAUUUGAAGCGAAACAAUUCCGCAAAAAGUAGAAUUAACAAGUCUCUGUAUUUACAAUUGCACCGCCAGGCUUCACAUCCGUGCACGUCAACUGUCGAUAAAUUAAAAGGCAGGUAUGAAGCAACUGAUAACGCAAAGGCAAACUUGGUCACUGAUUACACAGCAAAUAGAACAAUCACAACUGAAAACGUAAACACUUCCCAGAUUUUAGCAAAAGUAGAGGAACCGUCGAGGAAUUCUGUGCAACCUUCCGCCACAGUUGAAGAACCUCGGAUUACUCCUGCGGAAUUAGAAGGGCCUUCUCCAGAGCAAGCACUUUCAAAGACAAAGUCGAACAUCGAGAAACUACAAAAGAGUUUAGCAUCGAAAUUGAGUAAUAAUACGAUACAGCAUUUACGCAACAAGUACUCCCCGGCGAGCUUCGGUUACCCAAAAAGCAGCCUAAGAACGAAUACCCCGAAGAAAGUUCAGUUUUCCGAGAACCUGUCCAAGAUUCCACUACCAACACCGCGAGUUUCGAUCCUUUCGAAGGAGCAGGCGCCCCCGAAAACAAGUGGUAAGGAAAUCAUCCACUCUGUUAUUGUGAAAGAAGUCUCAAUUUCCCCCGUCGAAUCGAAACAAGAGUUCGCGAAUGUGAAAGAUGAAAAUUCCAAUGUUGUUGGAGCACAAACAGUUCCUGUAGAAACUAAGCCGGUGCCACCCGAAGAGUUUGUCGAAAUUCCAGGGGUUGAGCUUGAAGUGCAAUAUGAUAACAUCAAAUUUGCUGAACCGGAAGAUAAGCAUUUUAUAGUGAGGCGCUGUUCGUCAGAAGAUAGCAUCGAGAAAUUGGAAUCGUUUCUUUCCGAUUUCGUCAUGGAUAAGAAGACGAAGGAGCGUAAACGGAGCAAUAGUUUUCGUCGACUGCUAACGGGUGGACUUUUUGGGAAAGAUAAAAAGAAGUCGGAGGACAAUCGGCCGAAAAACCAGAAAAAGGACAACGCGGUUUUUUCCGACAACGCCCAAAAUGAGUCGCAGGUGUUCGACAGAAAUGCCACGCAUCGUAACACAAUGGACAGUUCGGGAACGAGACGCGAGCCUCCGCAGAGGUUGGAGGAGAAGCCCCCAUCUGGACCUUUGUAUUACUAUCCGUCGUCAAAGUCAUAUCGAAGAAGCGAGGAAAGGGACGCCUACACUGAUAUGAGCAGUUCGGGAUCGUUCAUGUCGAAUAGACCACCGAAAUAUUCACCCGAACACUACCUUCCAAUGAACAACGGGAGUACCGACAAGCCGCUAUCCUACAAUGGUGUCAAUCGAUAUUUAGACACAAGCAGCUCGUCUUCGAACACGAUCGACUUUGACAACAGAAACUGUACGUACCAGAACGCUUUGAUUGCACAAGCGGAAAUGCGACAAAUUCGUGAAAACCAAAGCAGGUUGCAACACAAUAUUUCCAAGAAAAACGUUUCCGAUAAUGGUAGCGACACAUCGGGUAAAAGUUCAGAUUCCCCCGAGCGGUUCCGGGAGAGUCCUCUGCACACAUCGAAGAACAUGCAGUUGGUGAAACCGAAAGCUGUAAUACCCAUAAAUACGGACAGACCUCUGCCGAAUCCAUAUCAUUUUGAGAAAAUUCACAAUACCGAAAAUUACGAAAAUUUGGAACUCUCCCAAACGUUAAACCGAAAUUUAAAUUUGGGCGCCUCAAAGCCAUGCCCUGACAAAUCUAACUUGUACAAUAAGGAUACGGGUGGCCAAGUGGUAGUGGACGAGGUUUACGGGACGGUUUUUGACAGCAUUUCUCCAAGAAGCGUGAACGAGAAAAGUUCAUUAUCACCUUCGAAACUGAAGCUACCACCGAAUCGAGAAAAGGUUGAACUACAACCGAGACUUCGAUCGCCAAUACCGCAGGCUAAAGUUAGCACUGAUAAGAUUAUUGCUACUGAAUUACUUCGAAGUAAACGGUCGCCUACACCUGUCAGGGAACUCUCCGAACGGUACAAUUCUCCCACACGACCUUCCAGUUAUCAGGGACCGACGGUAUACGAAAAUUCGUUCCAAUUCCCUUCGCGCAUUUCCACCCCGGUACGUAACAAGGCCGAGUACAUGCAAUUAAAUUACGAAGAGCCGCCGAAACCCCCACAAAAUUAUCUACAAGCUGCUGAAUGGCAUAAAACGCAGAGGGAAUUGGACAAAUCGCCCGCGAUUGAGGCACCCCAAACAGUGACUACUGAUGUCAUGGUACACACAAACCCGCUAGAGUCUCAGAGGUACUCCACACCCCCCUCUCCCGCUGUACGGCCAAAGAACCCCUUGCAUGGAUCAUCGCCCACAAAAUACACUCCUUCCCCAAACAACACCACUUCCCCUCUCAUGCUACAAAUUCAGCGCAACUCUCCAUCGCCAACUGCAAAACAAGAGAUUCUACAAAACGUCGAAGCUUUCUACUGGCGCGAGUUGCGCAAGUUAAAAGAUAAAGAAGAGCAAGAUCUGUUCAAUUACCGCCACCGACAAAUGCAAGUGUACGGCUACGUAGAAGAUCCGGUGCUCAGCAGAAGAUCUCGCAGCGUAUCACCGGGCAUUCAGAGAGGCAGGCGCAGUCUUAGCCUGCCGAGAGAUGGACGCCCCACUCAACAACCACCCAGACCUCCCGUUCACAAUCACGAACCAAUCCCAGAAGGCAGGCCGGUGAUUGCCAAGAGACCGAUUCCUUUACCUACAGAUGCCAGACCGGUUCAGCGUAAUCCCAACUUCAUUCGGAACACGUUCGAGAGAAGUACCAUCGGUCCUAUCGGACUGAACAGGCCCGAUGACUUCCAACGCCAUAGGCAAACUACGCCUAUCUUUAAGAGGGGUAGCUUAACCGCCCCUCCACCGGAGAGUCCAUACCAAAUGGGGAAGAAGGUGAGUUUCUCCAGUAAUCAAAAUGCUACAAGCUGGCCGACCAAGAACGGGUUCACGAAGAGUCCACCGACCAGAAGACUCGAUAGAGAGAUGCCUCUUGAGGAUGACGUCUUUUUACCAAGCUCGCCAGUCGCGCGCGUGGAGUACGUGCAGCGAUCGCCACAGUACCAUCCAGACUAUACUGACGGAAGGGGAGUGAGGCAAAAUGAACCAGUGUACGGUAACGGGUCGAAAAAAAUCACGGUUUCGAAUAAAGUGUGCGACAUUUACGGACAGAUUCACGAUUCUAGACAGAGACCCGCGGAAUCUCCGCGCGAUUACGGUUGGAACCAGGACGAAGCGCCGUCGUACGGUCAAAUUCGAAAUAGUGGAUUAGUGUACGGUCAGUUACAAGCUCCCAAUGGUUACAAUUCGGUACGUCCAAACCCUCAACAGAAUUUUGUACGCGGUAGCAGGCUUACUGCCAGUGUUAACGAUAUGUACAGACGCUAUCCGGCAGAAAAUGUUCAAUAUGUAGAGUCGCGUCCCAAAGGUGGUGGAGUGCGGUACUUCCACGAGCAGGGACCUCAACGACCCUUGCCUCCCGUACCAGAAAGACACGAUUCCCGUGCAAUUUCGGUUAGAAAGUUAAUUCGCGGUUAUGUUCCUGUGUCUGAUAACGAAAGUGGUUCCGAAGCUGGAGAAGUGCAACGAAUACUUCGAUCCGGUUCCCAGCAAAGAAGCUAUAAUGUAAUCGAGGAAGAGUGGAACUCGGAUGGAAAAUCAGGUCGCGCUUCCGGUAAUGAGUCCGAUUACGCUAAUAUUUUCAUUCGGCGUCCAACAGAGAAACAGGGUUAUUUUCUGCAAGUCGGCACAGCACGAGGUAAAGCCAAUUAUACUAAACGCAAGUUGAACAUCCAUCAGCAAAUAAUGAGCUGA